AAAGAAGACUCGUGACCAGCUCAAUGUCUCCACCCAUCCUUAUAUUUAUACUGUGUUUAGCCUGUGAGAGCAUCAGUAAGAUCGUCAUGACCAUCAUCAUCUCUCUGCUCCUGCUGGCCUCUCUGCUGCCACACCUGACCUUCACUGAUCAUGUGAAUGUGGAUAUAGUGAACGGCGAGAAAGCCAAACCUCACUCCAGACCUUACAUGGUUUCUCUUCAGAAGGAAAAGAAUCAUACCUGCGGUGGAUUCCUCAUUUCUGAUCAGUUUGUCUUGACUGCCGCACAUUGCCGAAAGAAAAAUGAAAUACUAACAGCUGUGAUUGGUGCACAUGACCUAAAAAAUGAGAAUGAAGGUUCAGUCCGCAUUGGAGUGAAGUCUUACUUCAAACAUCCAGACUUUUCCCUUCAUUUGGAACGGAAUGACAUUAUGCUUUUGAAGCUAGAGAAAAAAGUCAAACCAAGCAAACAUAUAAAUUGGAUAUCAUUACCAAAGAAAGAAUCCAUCAAAAAAACAGACCCUGAUUGUAGUGUUGCAGGCUGGGGAUGUCUGCACAUUACUGGUCCAAACACUGAUUAUCUUAUGGAGGCCAAUGUGAAGAUAAUGGAUAAUGCAACAUGUAAAAAAAAAUGGGGAAAAACCUACUCGGUCUCACAGAUGAUUUGUGCACAUGGCCACGGUGGAUCCUGCAAAGGGGAUUCAGGAGGUCCUUUGGUUUGUGGAAACACUGCUGUUGGUGUCACAUCCUUCGGUGACCCUCGUCGCUGUAAUUCACCUAAGUAUCCUAAUGUGUAUACUAAGAUUUCAAAAUAUAUUAAAUGGAUCCAUAAAAAAAUGAGAAAUGUUAAGUGACUUCAUGGUGGUGAAAAGGAAGAAAAGUUUUUCCUGAAUUCUUCCAAAAACUUUUUUUUUUUCUCCAAUAAAAGUAUCACAUGGCAAGCAUCAGUCAGUCAAAGUGUUUUCCUUUUUCACAACCAUUUACAUUAUUAUUACAAUAUUACAUGGUGGGCACUAAAUUCACUUCACAUUAGCCAGUAUGGCUCAUAUUGUUUGGGCAAAGACAGAAAUCUCCAAAACUGGAAUAACUAUGUAAAGUGAGAUUCUUUAGUUAAAUUUUUUUUUUUUUUUUUUUAACAGAAUGGUCAGGCUAAAAUACAAAAAAAUAUAUUUAUUAUACAUAUGUGGUCCCAAAGCAAUUUAUUUUUUAUAUAUAAUUCCAGUCAGUUAUUCUGCUUAUAGGCCCUACCACAUUUACUGCACCUCAAGACGUUUCAGUGUUUUAUUGUAAGGCAUGUUCAG